UGCGUGAUGACGUCACACGGGGUUUGGUGUCGGGCCCGGGGUCGAGGCGAUGCCCGGAGAUGGCGGAUGGUGGAGAAUUGCGGCACAUGGUGAUGAGCUUUAGAGUGUCGGAACUCCAAGUGCUGCUGGGAUUCUCUGGCCGGAAUAAGACAGGCCGUAAACACGAGCUGCUGACCAAAGUGCUGUACAUGCUGAAGUCUGGCUGCAGUCCAGCUGUGCACAUGAAAAUCAAAGAGCUCUACAGGCGCCGCUUCCCACGCAAGAGCCACGCCACCAUGGAGUUGCCUUUGCUGUCUGUCCAGAAUGCUGCAGCUCACCCCUCAGCCAGUGCGUCGCUGGCCCUCAGCAGCAACCCACAGCUUCACUACAGUACCUCUGCUGCCUCGGCCUUGGUGUCCCCAUUGCUGUCUCCUCUCAGCAUGCUCACUCCCAAGCGAGAAUUAGAUUUACAACAUCUGUCGCCUCCAGUGCAUCCAGACGUCAAAAUGAGGAGACUGCCAUUUUAUGACAUCUAUGAUGAGCUGACCAAACCGACUACAUUAGUAUCAAGUAAUGGGCAGCGGUUUGAGGAAGCUGUUGUUACGUUUGCAUUGACCCCACAGCAAGUUCAACAGAUCUGCUCAUCCAGAGACUUGUUACUUGGAGCAAAAGGCGAUCACACAGUCCAGGUGCAACUGAGAUUUUGUUUGUGUGAGACUAGCUGUCCUCAGGAGGAUUACUUCCCUCCUAAUUUAUUUGUGAAAGUCAAUGGGAAGCUCUGCCCUUUACCGGGUUAUCUUCCUCCCACUAAAAACGGAGUGGAACCAAAACGACCCAGUCGCCCCAUCAAUGUUACUUCACUCAUCAAGCUCACAGCCACCAUCCCUAAUAUGAUCACCAUUAACUGGUCCUCCGAGUACGGCAGGAAUUAUUCAGUUUCUGUGUAUCUAGUCAAACAGCUCACGUCAGCAACGCUACUGCAAAGACUGCGAGCAAAGGGGAUCCGGAAUCCCGACCACUCAAGAGCUCUGAUCAAAGAAAAGCUGACAGCAGAUCCUGACAGUGAGAUUGCCACCACAAGUUUACGUGUUUCGCUCAUCUGUCCACUGGGAAAGAUGAGGCUGUCAGUGCCAUGCCGGGCAGUCACCUGCACACACCUGCAGUGCUUUGAUGCAACUCUCUACCUACAAAUGAAUGAGAAGAAGGCCACGUGGGUUUGCCCUGUAUGUGACAAGAAAGCACCUUAUGAGAACCUGAUCAUUGAUGGGCUGUUUAUGGAAAUCCUCAAUUCCUGCACUCACUGUGAUGAGAUCCUCUUCAAGGAGGAUGGGUCCUGGAGUCCAAUGCAACCAAAGAGAGUAAAGCAAGAGCCCUACUGGUCAUCCUACAGCAGUAUUGAUGCCAGCACCAUUUAUAAGGAGCCACCAUCACGAGGGAAAUACUGCUCCCAAAGCAGCCAGAAUACGGAGGUGAUUGACCUGACAUUAGACAGUUCAUCAGAUGAGGAUGAAGCUCCAAUGAAAAGACACUGUCAUGUUGUGACCCCGACAAACUUGCCCUCAGUCAACAAGCAGUUGCUGAACCUUCACCAGCUCUCACCAAUGCUGCAGAGUCCUGCGACAAAUGUGGUUACGUCCGAAUACCUCCCAUCUCUCUCUAUUCCAGAAUACCAGUUCUCCUACCAGAUGCCUCCACUACCAUCUGACAUUCAAGGUUUAGAUUUAUUUUCUUUCUUGCAAGCAGACAGUCAGCAUUACAGUUCCGUUAUCAGCAGCUCCUCCGAGGACCAGACUGCCAUGCGAUCAUCACUCAACCACUUCUUCCAGUUCACGUCCUCGCCGCAUUUCCUGGAACCUGUGGUUAGCUCGACAAGUGGAAUGCAUGGCUCAGCCAACAGGAGUAGCAGCAUCUCCAGCAGUGUACUGAGAAGCAGUCAGCAUAGUCACCCUGAGACGACAACUCUAAACAGUGGCAGCACAAUCAGUGCACCUGGCUCCAGCCACGGGUUAGAUAUUAUCUCUUUAGACUAAGGAAACACUAAUCAAUCAUGACCAGGAAUGUUCUCCACUCUGAAAACUGCUGCAAAACUUGAAUCUGAAGUCAGCUGGUCGGAGAUUACUCCACAGACCCCAGAGGAAGUGUUUCCUCUGUAUUAGUCAUUUGACUAAAUCCCCGGGUGACAUAAGAGCACAGGGCACCCACUGCCUGGGCCUGAAUCCUGGAGCAUGCCUUCUGUUUAAAAACACAAGGCAAUUAGGUGGUGGUUUGUCAGAUAGUGCUGAGGAUCUGGCCUUGCCCCUUCCCACCUCUGUCUCAUAUAAAGAACAGCUCACAGAGAUCUGGUGACAUUAGCUUCAGAGUUGCACUUUGCUUGCAUGCAGGCCCCUGGAUCAGCUGUCUGUGACUGUAUCCACAAUUCAACCAAAGUGUGUUUCAGUUCUCUAGUAAAGUUUGGUCAUGAACCAAAGAUUAAUUAUGUCAGAUUUAAGGCCGUACCACAAGGAGUAAAGAAUGAAAGGAAACUUUGGUAAGAUGAGAUGAAACUUAGACUAGUGGAUUAUGGAGAGAAAUUUAGCUAUGGGCAGCUUUGAACAUUGUGAACUGCAAAAGGGAACUGACCUGAGAUUUUCAGGGGUCUCGAUGAUGGUUACUGUGAUUCCCUCUCCACAGACCCAAGCAGACAUGAAGGCUAAGAUCAGCCUCUUGUCAGUCCUGGAUCCACCAGGAUUUCCAAAGGGGCUGGUUGGCCUGGGUUGAGGCUGGGGAGUGAUGUAGGGACACAAUAGGGAAUUCUAAACAUAUUGCAAAGUGUUGUCACUUUUUAAAAUAUAAUUUCCAAUAUAUUUUAUCAAUGUAAAAUCUUUCCCUUUUUUAAAAGAAUUAUAAACGAGCAUUGUGUAUAGAGAAAGCAAAUGAUCUAUUUUCUGUUGCAGCUAUUUUGUAAAUACAUAUUAUGAAAAAACAAACCGAUUUUAAAAAAGCAAUUCCAAAGAUUAUCCUCUACGGCAGGCCAGUACUCGUGAGAGUUAGACUCCACGUGCCUGUUUAACUGUGGAUGCCUCUAUUCAUCCGUUUUAAGGUCAUUUUCUUCCAAUACUGUUCAGUGAAUAACCAGUGUUCUGAGAGACUGGGGUGAUGCUUAAUGCCUGUUGUGGAUGAUGGGAUCCAGAGCUGAAAGCUUCACUCAUCUGGACAGACAGAGACUGCCUUGUCCCACUUACUUAAAGGACCUGGUGAAGCUGUGGCAAAGGGACAAGGGGUGUUUGGGUUUUAUUGGCUGAAAGAAUUCAAAUGUUUUACUGUGUAUCGAGUCUGUUGCAAUUAAAGGAUGAGGAAAUCGGGAA